UGUUCUCUACAGGAAGUGAUGAAAAAGCUAAGCGAGAGAGAGAGAGAGCGUGUGUGUGACUGUGGAGGUCACAGACCGAGAGAUCCUAACUGCUGACACACACUUUACUGCAUCGUCAUCAUCAGAUUAAUGAAAUGUCAUAGGGAGCCAACUCGCUGUCUUAAGAAUACUACGGGAUAACAGUCGAGACAAAGUGAGAGAAAGAAAGCUGCAAAUCCGGACCAACAACUAUAAUAUGAACACAGACGAGUUUCGGGGAUUAGGUUUUGUCCCUCAGAAAGAGAUCGUCUACAACAAACUCUUACCUUACUCGGACAGAUUAGACGAGGAAUCCAAUGACAUUUUGGCUAAAAUCAAAGCUAACCUGGGCCGGGCUGUCCAGCUCAGGGAGUUAUGGCCCGGGGUAUUGUUCUGGACCCGGAAACUUUCGACGUACAUUCGACUAUAUGGAAGAAAGUUCAGCAAAGAGGAUCAUGUACUGUUCAUUAAGUUGCUGUAUGAGCUGGUGACCAUUCCUAAACUGGAGAUUAGUAUGAUGCAAGGAUUUGCACGUCUGUUGGUCAAUUUGCUGAAGAAAAAAGAACUUCUUUCAAGAGAAGAUUUGGAAUUGCCAUGGUUGCCCCUGUAUGAAUUGUUGGAGAGAAUCCUCUACUCUAAAACGGAACACCUUGGGCUCAAUUGGUUUCCUAACUCUGUUGAAAACGUUUUGAAAACCCUGGUCAAAAGCUGUAGACCGUAUUUCCCAGAAGAUGCUACAAAGGAGAUGCUGCAAGAGUGGCGGCCUUUGCUGUGUCCUUUUGACGUCACCAUGCAGAAAGCCAUCGGUUAUUUUGAACUGUUCCUACCCACCACCUUGCCACCCGAGCUUCACCAGAAAGGAUUCAAGCUAUGGUUUGAUGAGCUAAUGGGACUUUGGGUCUCUGUUCAAAACCUUCCUGGGUGGGAGGGGCAUCUGGUAAAUCUAUUUGCACGUUUGGCUAGUGAUAACAUUGGGUACUUAGAUUGGGAUCCCUAUGUCGAUAAGAUAUUUACUCGGAUUCUUAGAAGCUUGAACCUUCCUGUAGGAAGCAGCCAGGUUUUAGUUCCAAGAUACUUGACGAAUGCCUAUGAUAUAGGCCACAUAGUACUAUGGGUCUCAUCAAUACUUGGUGGACCAAGCAAGCAAACCCAAAAACAGCUAAGUGGCUUGUUCAACAGCAUUACGUCUUUCUUUCAUCCUUCUAACAAUGGCAGGUGGCUGAUGAAGCUGAUGAAGCUUGUGCAGCGCUUGCCGGCCAGUGUGGUAAGAAGACUACACCGAGAGCGAUACAAGAAGAAGACGUGGCUAACGCCAGUCCCUGACAGCCACAAGCUCACUGACCAGGACAUUACAGACUUUGUGGAGAGCAUGAAGCAGCCUGUGCUGCUGGCGAUGUUCAGUAAAACGGGCAGCUUGGAUGCAGCCCAGGCUUUGCAGAACCUGGCACUGAUGAGACCUGAACUUGUCAUCCCACCGGUACUAGAAAAAACCUAUCCUGCAAUGGAGACUCUGACGGAACCUCACCAGCUCACAGCCACCCUCAGCUGUGUGAUUGGAGUGGCUCGCAGCCUGGUUUCUGGAGGCAAGAGGUUUCCUGAAGGCCCAAAGCACAUGCUGCCGUUGCUGAUGAGAGCACUGCCUGGUGUGGAUCCAAAUGACUUCAGCAAGUGCAUGAUAACAUUCCAGUUCAUUGCAACAUUUUCUACUCUUGUGCCUUUGGUAGACUGUUCAUCAGCUGUUCAUGAAAGAGAUGACCUCACAGAAGUGGAGCGGGAGCUGUGCUCAGUCAGUGCAGAGUUUGAAGACUUUGUACUGCAGUUUAUGGACAGGUGUUUUGCCCUUAUUGAAAGCAGUACACUUGAACAGACGAGAGAGGAGACAGAAACUGAAAAGAUGACUCACCUGGAGAGCCUAGUGGAGCUGGGACUGUCUUCCACCUUCAGCACCAUCCUCACACAGUGCUCCAAAGACAUCUUCAAGGUGGCCCUAGAAAAGGUCUUUAACUUUGCCACUACAAACAUCUUUGAGACUCGGGUUGCUGGAAGAAUGGUGGCUGACAUGUGCAGAGCCGCUUCUAAGUGCCAUCCAGCAGAGUCUUUGAAGCUUUUUGUGCCACACUGCUGCAAUGCAAUAACUCAGCUCACAGUCAACGAGGAUGUUUUGCGUGAAGAAGAGCUGGACAAGGAGCUGCUGUGGAACCUUCAGCUUCUGUCUGAGAUCACCCGCGUUGAUGGUGACAAGUUGUUGCCGUACAGGGAGCAGUGUGUAAAGAUUCUCCAGCGGACACUCCACUUGAAGUGUAAACAAGGCUACAUGCUUUCCUGUAACCUGCUGCACCAUCUGCUUCGAUCUGCCUCUCUCAUCUACCCCACAGAGUACUGCAGCAUUCCUGGAGGCUUCAACAAGCCUCUCUCAGAGUACUUUCCCAUCAAGGACUGGGGUACACCAGGUGAUCUGUGGAACUUAAACAUCCACUGGCACGUUCCAACAUCGGAGGAGAAGGCCUUUGUAUUUUAUAUACUAGACAUCAUCCUCCAACCAGAGCUGGUCAAACUGCAGCGCCAUGCAAGUGGAGAACUGGAAAUGCCAAGGGAUGACAUACUGCAGAGCCUCACGAUUGUGCAGCACUGUCUGAUGGGCUCUGGGAGCUUCCUGCCUUUCCUGGAUGGAGAAAGAAUAACUGACCUUGUACCAAGCUUGGUGAGUUUGGGGGAGACAGCACUCUAUACUGGCGUUGACUAUGACAUGUCACGGGAGAACUACAGAGACGCUAUUUGCAGUGUUAUGAGGAAACUCUUGCAUCACAUUCUGGAAAAUUCGGAGGAUGACACAAAGUCAUUGUUUUUGAUCAUUAAGAUUAUCGGUGACUUGUUACAGUUCAGAGGCUCUUAUAAGCAUGAGUUUGACUCCCGGUGGAAAAGCUUCAACCUCGUCAAGAAGUCCAUGGAGAACCGGCUACAUGGCAGGAAGCAACACAUCCGAGCAUUACUCAUUGAUAGAGUUAUGCUGCAGCAAGAGUUGAGAAAACUGACUGUUGAAGGAUGUGAAUACAAGACUAUUCAUAGAGACCUUUUAAGGGACCUCCUGCGUUUGUCAACCAGUACAUACAGUCAGGUUAGGAGCAAGGCCCAGCAAGUUUUCUUUGUAACCCUCGGAAGUUACAACUUCUGCUGCAGGGACCUGAUUCCAUUGGUGCUGGAGUACCUGAAACCAGACAGGCAGGACAUCUCCCAGCAACAGUUUAAAGGUGCCUUGUACUGUCUCCUGGGGAAUCACAAUGGAGUUUGCCUAGCUAAUCUCCAUGACUGGGACUGCAUUGUACAGACCUGGCCGGCUAUCAUCUCGUCUGGCCUCAGCAAGGCCAUGUCUUUGGAGAAGCCUUCCAUCGUCCGUCUGUUUGACGAUCUUGCAGACAAGAUCCACCGACAGUACGAAACCAUUGGACUGGACUUCAGUGUACCUGGUGGUAGUUUGGAGAUAGCUCUGCAGAUUAUGAAGUCAAAAAACCCAACUACAAAUCUCCCACUACCCACUUCAGAAGAGAUUGAGAAAGGUGUUCAACUCCAGCAGGCAAAAAAUAUUGACUCUGUGCUAAAAUAUGAGAGAUUGGUCAAUAGCUUGUUGGACGCCCUCCAUCAGAGAAAUCUUCCCUGGAAGUUUGAGCAUAUUGCCAUUGGCUUUCUUUCCCUGCUGUUGAGGGAUGAUAAGCCCAUCCCUGUCCCAGCAAUCCGGUUCUUUGUGCAGAGUCUGAACCACGAUGCACUCGUUGUUCGAAAGGUGGCAAUCUCAGCUGUUGCUGGUAUUCUGAAGCAGCUGAAGAGACCUCACAAAAAAGUGGAAGAGAAUCCUUAUGAAAUUGGUAGAUGCAGUGAACAUUCUGAAAUCCUGGUGGGAGACAGGCCUGAUAAUCAAUGGAUGCUUUAUGACAGUGGCAGUUUGCCAAGAACGAAAGAAGCCUGGGUGGCAUGUGCCUUUGUGGAGAAAACACACUGGGGAUAUUACAGCUGGCCUCAAAAACUGUCUCUUUAUGCCCCUGCGGAGGAACAACCAAAACUUGGUCUAAAGAGGGAAGAUAUGACCGAGGUGGAGCAGAUCAUCUUCGAUCACUUUUCUGACCCCAAAUUUAUAGAGCAGUUGAUGAAGUUCCUUUCACUGGAAGACAGAAAAGGAAAGGAUAAAUUCAAUCCCCGGAGGUUCUGCCUCUUUAAGGGUUUGUUCAGAAACUUUGACAACGCCUUUUUGCCUGUGCUGAGGCCGCACUUGGAGCGUUUAGUUGCAGAUUCCCAUGAGAGCACCCAGCGCUGUGUAGCUGAAAUCGUCGCCGGGCUCAUCAGAGGCUGUAAACACUGGACUUUUGAAAAGGUGGAGAAGCUAUGGGAGUUUCUGUGUCCAUUGAUUCGAACGGCUUUGACAAACAUCACAGUGGAGACUUACAGUGACUGGGGAACGUGCAUUGCCACAGCCUGUGAGAGCAGAGACCCUCGGAAACUGCACUGGCUGUUUGAGAUGCUAAUGGAGUCCCCAGUAAACGGCGAAGGGGGUUCUUUUGUAGAUGCCUGCCGGCUGUAUGUUCUACAAGGAGGUCUUGCUCAGCAGGAAUGGAGAGUCCCUGAGCUUCUUCAUAGACUGCUUCAGUACCUGGAGCCCAAGCUCACACAGGUCUAUAAAAAUGUGCGGGAGAGGAUAGGAAGUGUUCUAACCUACAUCUUCAUGAUCGAUGUGAGUCUACCCAACACACGGCGGACCUCCUCCCCGCGGAUCUCCGACUUCACAGCCCGCAUCCUGGUCAGGCUGAAGCCCCUGAUGGACGUGGACGAGGAGAUCCAGAACCACAUUGUGGAGGAGAACGGAUUUGUGGAGCAAGACGAAAGGACCCAGGCCAUUAAACUGCUAAAGACGGUUUUAAAGUGGCUGAUGGCAAGCGCAGGAAGGUCCUUCUCCACAGCUGUUCCAGAGCAGCUCCAGCUUCUCCCUCUGCUUUUUAAGAUUGCACCGGUAGAGAAUGAUGACAGUUACGAUGAGAUGAAGAGAGAUGCAAAGACUUGCUUGUCUCUUAUGUCUCAGGGACUGCUGUAUCCACAGCAAAUAAUGUUGGUGCUACCAGUUCUUAAAGAGAUAGCAGGGAGCACUUCUUGGCAUGCCAGAUACACGGUGCUGACCUACCUCCAAACAAUGGUGUUUUACAACCUCUUUACCUUUUUGAACAACAAAGAGGCCGUGCAUGAUGUGCGAUGGCUGGUGCUCAAACUCCUGCAAGAUGAACAACUUGAGGUGAGGGAGAUGGCUGCCACCACCCUCAGCGGCCUCCUGCAGUGUAACUUUCUGACCAUGGAUGCCCCCAUGCAGACUCACUUUGAAAAGCUCUGCAAGACCCGGCUUCCCAAGAAGAGGAAAAGGGACCCAGGCUCAGUGGUGGAUACCAUUCCUCCAGCAGACUUGGUUAAGCGCCAUGCUGGUGUGCUGGGGCUAAGUGCCUGUAUCUUAUCCAACCCCUAUGAUGUGCCCACCUGGAUGCCCCAGCUUUUGAUGGACCUGAGUGCACACUUGAAUGACACCCAACCAAUUGAGAUGACUGUGAAGAAAACUCUCUCUAAUUUCCGAAGGACACACCUUGACAACUGGCAAGAACACAAGCAGCAGUUCACAGACGACCAGUUGCUGGUUCUCACAGACCUGCUGGUGUCACCAUGCUAUUAUGCAUAACCAGGUGUGCUUGGGAAUGUAGAGCUUUUAAGCUGUGUGGGCAGAGGUUGAAGUUUUUCUGGAGAAAACUUCAAGCCAUAAAAUGCUCCUUUUUUAUCAACUGAUCUAUGUAGCUGCAGUCCACAAUGAAAUGCAAACAAAUUAAGUUUUUGGAAUGAAGUGUGUAUUUUAUAUAUUUAGUACACAUUUAAGUUUCUAAUAUACUUAAUAUUUAAGGUUAACAUAAGCAGAGACAGUAGCCUGACAGGUUUGUAAUAUUAUUGUACAGUUUUUGCUUGCAACAGUUCUCUCACUGCUCUGUGAUGGCACCAACUGUUUCUUUGACAUAUUACUUGUGUUAUGUAUAGGUAAGAAAUACAUUGUAUAAACUGUAGAAACAUAGCACUAGCCAAUUAUUGUACAAAAAAUGUAAUCUUUAAUGCAAUGUACCAUUCAGACAUUCAUGUGUAAAGAUUCACAUUACGUAGAGGUGUAAACUAUAUAGUGGUUCUGUCAGAUACACAGUCCAUAUGCCAUAACAAGUUUUAGUUUUAAUGUGUGCUGUUUUUUUUUUUUUAAUAUUUGUAUUAUUUCAAAGGUGCUUUUUACACCCAACAAGUGUAGUUGUUUAAAUAGACAUAUGGUUUAUUGUGUUUUCAUUGACUGCUUUGUGCGAGUCUGACAAGGUAAUGGUAGGUGGCUUUUUAAGUUGUUUCCACCUCCUUCAUUUAAAUAGUUAUGGCAUAUGACUUGUGUAGCGAUAAAUCCCUCCAUCCACCUCCAAAAAUCUGAAAUCUUUAUUGCAUCCUACAUUCAUUUAUCUGAUUUUAUUUAUUUAUUUUUUGUGAAGACUUGAGUAAUAAAAAAUGGGUGCAUAGAAUUGCAGUUUAGUACUUCACUCAAAGUCAAAUACUUAACCACUAUAUAGUGUAGUGCCAAAACUACAGUGAUUUUAGAUGUACUGAUUGCUUAUUUUAAAAAAAAGCCAAUAAAUGGAUUGUUUAUAACAAACAAAAAACAAGGUACUUUGCAUCUUUCAUAUGAACCAGAAUGCCCAAAUGCAUUUGCAUAUCAUUUUUUAGUUGGAGAACAAAACCUGAUUUUGUGGACUGUGUUAUGCAUAUCUUCAUGAAUGAGUAGCACCCCAGCCAUCAAGUUGAUUAAAAUACAGCAAGUUGGGAACAUACUGUACUUCCACACAAUGAAGAAUCUAUUAUCAAGCCCACACAUAGUUUAAUGUCAACCAGCAGUAAUAUCUGGUUCCCAAGAUAUUGUCACUGGUUGUUUAGUGCUUCUAGAUUUAUUAUUUAUUAUUAUUAUUAUUAUUAUUAUUAUUAUUAUUAUUAUUAUUAUACAUUUAAUAUUAGUAUUUAUUAUCCAGGAUGAGACCAAAUCUGUAUCGCACAGAUGAAAGGUCAGUGCUGUUUGACUUACAAAACCCUCCCUUUUCAGGUUACAAUUCAAUUACAGAACACCUUUUAAAAUGUGUUUUUGUGGGGUGUGAGUGAUUUAUUGGGAAUCCCAGUGGCCUGUUUGCUUCCUACAAGCUGCUUCUAGGAACUGAUGAAGCAGAACGGUGCUGAGAACAGCACCGCUUUAAAAAAUACUGUGUAGCACAGGCAAAUUUAUACAGCAUGCAUGUGAGUAAUAAUGCAGAUGAUAUACUGUAUUGCAGUUUAAACGUUUUUUUUUUUUUUUGUUGACUACUACAACCUAGUCCCUGGUUAGUUGGCAAGGAAAAUGAUUAAAAGCAUGGAAGAUGUCCGAGCGACACCUUUUUCUAUUUUUAAAAACAAAAUUAGCUUGUAUUUUUGGUAUUCAACAGGAGUUUCAUUUGAAAGCGCCAUGACUGCAGUAUGAAAGCUACCUUCCUGGUUUGCAAUAAUGCAAAAAGAAUUUUAGAAAUGCAAGACUACAAGUUUUCUCUUUAAGUAGGGGAGCUUUUAGUAACAGUGUCCACUGAGGCUGUCAAAUGAGAAUUUCAAAGACCAUCUUUUGACCGAAGUAUGAUGAAAAGCUCAUACGAGCUACAACAUUUUUCCAAGAAUUAUUAUUGAGUUUUGUAUUUUAAGAUUUGAAAACAUUGCAAAACUGGACCCAAAUUGUUUACCAAAACAUAGAAAGAAAUUA